AAAUUUACACCAAAUAAUUCAACACAAAACGUGUUUGACGGGGUGAAGAAUUUUCAAUGUUUGGCAUUUCUCAUAAAAACGAAAGAAGAAAAUGAAAUUGUUUGUCCAAUUUAAGAAAGUUUAUCGAAAGUUAAAAUAAAUGUAUGUUUCAGAAUGGAUUUUUUCAUUAUUAAUAAUGGGUUUGUAAAUGGAGAAGCGGACGAAGUAGCCAGAGAGGAGAUUGUGGGUUUGGAUGAGAGGGAAGUCGGAGAAAAUAAAGAUCUCAGCCGCUUUGUUUUUAGCAAGAGGGUGUUUGGAGAAAAAUCGAAUGUUCCAGAAGUAGGAGUUCAAGAAAAGUCCUGUGUAAAGAGAAAGGCCGGUUUUACCAGACCGGUUAUAACUACUGUAGUAUCAAAACCGGAAGAAAGGAAGUUACCACUAGAUUUAAAUAUCGAAGACUUAAAAGAUUGCCAACCGAUUUUCGAUAUGGAUGAGGACUUAAAAGAAGUUGCAUCAAAAGUACUUAAAGCAACAUUGAAGCCAGGGACUAUAAGUAAUUAUGAAGGGGUGAUUAAAGACUAUAAACAUUUUCAAAACAUACAUGGUUACGAAACUUGUCCUACUGAGCAGAGUGUAAAACAUUUUAUUCUUUACCUGGAAAAAAAUGCAGUAACUGAAUCGUAUAUAAAUAAAGUCAAACCAGCUAUUAAUCUACUAGAGGAUUUAGUAAAUCCGGGGAAAACUGUUUUUACAAAAGGAGUUUGUAGGAUACUAGAUGGAGUAAAGAAUUUGACGCUGGAACGGAAAACACAAGUAGUAAAAGCACCAAGAUUAGCUCUGGAAACUAUCAAGAAAAUGGUCAACAAAGUUGUAAUUCCGUGCGUGCAAUGUCCCGACAAAGUUAACGCUAUUAACUUGAGAACAGUAUUCAGGAUAGUAAUAGUUUAUUUUACCUUCUGUAGGUUUGAUUGUUUUGCUCAUCUGGAAGCCGCUGAUUUCACCGACAACGGAGAAGAAAUCGAGAUAAAUUUUAGAAGAGCGAAGAAUGAUGCUAAACACAGAGGAAAUACUACGAAAUUAGUAAAAAAUAAUACUAAUUUCUGCCCGGUAUUUAUUACAAGAUUUUAUUUUUCAAGAUUCGGAUUUCAGUUCAACGGAACGAAUAAAGAUCGGAGAAAAGUGAACUGUAGACUCAGAAAAAUUAACAACCUGUGGCAGCCGCAAAUAGGUGGAUUAGGGAAUUCUACAGCUACUGAACAUUUAAGAAGAUUGCUAAAUCAGCUGGGAGAAAAAUCAGAUAGAGUGACAGAUAAGUCAGCAAAAAUGGAAGGAGUGACACAGAUGCUGGAAAGUGGAGCUACGCCAGACGAAGUGGCACAUCACGGAAGAUGGAAAACAGUACAGAUAGUACAAACUUAUAAACAUAAUUCCGAUGAAUACAAGAUCAUGACAGCUCGGAAAAUUCCUUAUUAACAAUUGAUGUUUCAAAGCUCAGUUAGAUUAUUUAACGGUUGAAUAUAAAUAAAAUGGAACUUUUACGAAAUUAUUGUGAUAUUGAAUUUUAUUUUUUGUUGUCUGUUUGCUAGUUAAAAGAGUUAUUCUUUGAUUGAUCAGAAUUAAGGGAAAAUUUUUUUUUUGAUUGAUAGAUUGUAAGAAAAUAAGCUUAAGUAUAAAUCCAAUUAUUUAUGGGUGUUCAAAUGAUACGAGAUAUUAGGUACUCGUAGAAUUUUGAUAUAUUCCAUAUAUAUAUAUACCCAAUAAACGUAAACUAUAUAUUUUUCUAACCAAUAGAUAACUGGAUUUGUACAAAUAAGCAAGAGCUCGAUAGAGAUAAAAAAUGAAAUUUUUUCCGAACGCCGACCAAAUACCAAAAAGUAAG